AUGCUCAUUUAUUACUCUUUUGUUAAAUCUCUUUCAUUACUCUCUCUUUUCUUCUUUCUUUUUCUCUCUCUCUCUUUCAUUUACUUACUUUCUAACUUUUUCUCUCCCUUAUUUCGCUUUUUUUUCUUCUCCAUCUCUUCUUCUCCCUUUAUCUCGUUCUCCUCCUCCUUCUCCCUUUAUCUCGUUCUCCUCCUCCUUCACCCUUUCUCUCGUUCUCCUCCUCCUUCACCCUUUGUCCCGUUCUCCUCCUCCUUCACCCUUUGUCUCGUUCUCCUCCUCCUUCACCCUUUGUCUCGUUCUCCUCCUCCUUCACCCUUUGUCUCGUUCUCCUCCUCCUUCACCCCUUUCUCUCGUUCUCCUCCUCCUCCACCCUUUCUCCCGUUCUCCUCUUCUUCCACCUUUUCUCUAUGUUCUCCUCUUCCUCCACCUUUUCUCUAUGUUCUCCUCUUCCUCCACCCUUUCUCUCGUUUCCCUUUUUCUUACUCUUUUUUUCAUUUUUUUCUUACAUCUCUCUCAAUUGUCCUUUUACUCUCUUUUUAUCUUUCUCAUUUUUGUUUUCCUCUCCUUUUCUUUCUCUCUGUUUCUCUUAUUUUAUUUGUUUUAAUUUUCUUUCUCUUUCUCUUCUUUGCCUCUCUCUUUUACUUAUAUUUCUUUUCAUCUUUACAUGCAGCUUGUCCUUCAUUCAAGCAGAUCUUAUGA